AUGUCUCCUCCUUCUUACUGCUGCAUCCAUGAAAAACCCACACCGACUGUGAGAGUGAAUCCUCAGAGCUCCGUCUACACUGGAGACACCAUCACUCUGACCUGUGAGCUGCAGUCGACUGGAUGGGAGAUUCAAUGGUACAAAAAUGAUCAGUCGUUACAUCCUUUGAGCACUGAAGAAACAGACACACUCAAAGUGACAGAUGAUAAUGAAGGAGAAACAGUGUACCAGUGUCAUGAAUGCAGGAUAAACUACAUGGCAGGGUUCUACUCAAACUACUGCACAGAGAUCAGUGAUCCUGUCAGGAUUACAGUGAGAGCAAGACCUAAACCAGUAGCAUCCAUAGAUCCUGAUAAACCAGUGUUCAGUGGAGACGCCGUCACUCUGAGAUGUGACGUACAGGAUGAAAGAGUGUCUAGCUGGCAGUACAGCUGGUAUAAAGAUGAUUCACGCAGGCCUGUCAGUAGUGAACAGGUGUACACAAUCAGUGGUGUUGAAGUGACCCACACCGGUAAAUACACCUGUAAAGGAGCAGAGAGACGAGGCUCACGCUCCUCACACUUCAGUGAUGCUGUUACACUGACUGUAUCAGAGAGACCAGGGGCAGUACUGAGUGUAUCUCCACAGAGCUGGCUGACUGAAGGAGACUCAGUGACUCUAAGCUGUGAGAUUACAGACUCCUCUACAGACUGGACAUUCAGCUGGUACACAGCUGUUCCCUUCAGAGACGGCUUAACUCAAAUAAAACAUAAUCAUGGCUAUAUCAUGUAUGUGGAGCUCUUCUCAGACAGCAGCAGAGGAUCUGGAGGCAACUACACUCUCAGUCCUGCUGCUCUUAAUCACACAGGAGUUUAUAUGUGCAGAGGAGAGAGAAGAGAACCAGCCUUUCACACACAGUACAGUAAUCCACAGCCACUAUGGAUCACUGGUGAAUCUCCUCCAGUCUCUCUGAUCAUCAAUCCCAGCAGAACUCAACACUUUACUAAUGACUCUCUCUCACUGAGCUGUGAGGACCAGAUCAACUCUACUGGAUGGAGAGUGAGACGAUACACACACAGUGAGGGAGGGUCAGAUUGUUCAAGGGGAUCAGUUACAGGAUCUACAUGUAAAAUCAGCUCCCUCUACACAUCCUACACUGGAGUUUACUGGUGUGAGUCUGAAUCUGGAGAAAACAGUAAUCCUGUCAACAUCACAGUGCAUGAUGGUGAUGUGAUCCUGGAGAGUCCUGUCCAUCCUGUGACUGAGGGACAUCCUCUGACUCUACGCUGUUUAUAUCGAUACCCAAAUUCCUCAAACCUCCGAGCUGAUUUCUAUAAAAAUGGAUCAGUUCUCCAGAAUCAGACUACAGGAGAGAUGAUCAUCUAUAACGUCUCAAAGUCAGAUGAAGGUUUCUACCACUGUAAACACCCAGAGAGAGGAGAGUCACUGAAAAGCUGGGUCUCAGUCAGAGUGUAA